GGUUCAUCGGGGAGUGUGCGGGGGACACCCCCCACCCCGGAGACUGGUGCCUCCUGGGUCUGGGGGGGCAUCCAGGGUCCCCCUGCACCCAAUCGCUGAGCUGGCGGAGCAUGGAAGGGGUCCCCCGUGUGCUUGGCUGUAGACCUAGAAGUGGACAGAAAGUACCUCCAGUCCACUUCUGGGUCUGUCACUAAACACACAGAGGGUCUCCCUGCACUCCUGUGUGAGGCUCCAUCCACCCCAGCAUCAUAGCAUUUAUGAGCCGCACCUGAUAUCUCGAGGCAAGGUCAGCUCCUAGACUACUGCACCAGGCAACACAGUUUGAGGAGAAGCUAAUCUGCUACCAUAGACAUUACACAUGCACUGCUUCACAGGAGGGACAUGGGGCAGCCCUCAGUGGACCCUUACCCCUCUGGCACCAGCCAGUACACCCAGUUCCAGCACAGGUUUGUGGCACCCUUCCAGAGCCUCCCGCUGGAUACACCCAUCCACAACUUUAAACCAGGUGACCAAGUCCUGGUACAGAGGUGGAAAAAGGAUCCCCUCGCAGUACGGUGGGAAGGACCAUUCCAGGUGUUGUUGACUACAAACACGGCUGUUCGUCUAGCAAACAACGACAAGUGGACUCAUUGCUCAAGGAUAAAGGCCUUUCGUCAAGAGGACGUCAACUCCCAGGGUGUAAUCACUCCGGAAGCUGAGAACACCCGGGAACAAGAAGCCAGCCAAUGGAAAAGCGAACCAGUAGGGGAUUUAAAAUUACGCUUGCAAAGAUGUGGACCUUAACCUAUUGGUUGACACUCUUGUCUCUUUUAGAUACAUCCAACCCAGCGGUUGUGUCUCACUGUUGCAAAUGUGAGAAACGGGGCGACACUCUUCCCUUCACUGUGGCCUCCUACGAACAGGCUAAAAGGUCCUUAAUUUCUAAAGCCUACUUAUUUCCCAUCUCUUACUGCUGCCCUCAGCAAGAGAUUAUGAUAGAAUUUGUAGUCACCAUAGGCCACGGCCACAAAGUUAGGUGUGUCAAGAUGAACCAGGCACUCUGGAAGGCAAUCCUCAAAUAUCAACCUUCAAGUCUCCAGCCUGUUCCCAACAACCUAAGUGGCCCCCCAGUUAUCGCCAUUUCAAAACGUGGGGGACCACCUAUAAACCCAUGGGCGGGAAAUUCCUGGGUAACCCUCCUCAGGGAUUCGGCCCCGGCGUUAACCAAUCACAGUUGCAUUUUGUGUGCGCUUACUCCUACUUCUAGUGAGGAAGGAGUCCCCUUUGUACCCAUCCCCCUCAAUAAGACAGGCAUACUAUCGGAUUGGGGCUUUGACCGUCAGUUCAAUUUCUCCGGUCGGUACGAUGGUUCAGAAAGACUUAGAGUGAUAAAAAGUAGGGGCUCUGUAUGUAUUUCUCAAAAGGGAGGGGGAUUCAAAGUAGGGGAAUCAAAAUGCCAAGAUACUUGGACUUCUGCACAAGCGGCCCCUCGAGAGGGCCCCUGGAAAUGUAGUAGUGCCUCAUUCAAUACACAUAAAAAUUGUGCCUGCCUAUGGGCACUCUUCAACUACAACUUCCGAUAUUCCAUUCGGGGUAAGCAUACAUUUGUUUGGCGGAACUGCUCCGUGUCUCUACUAAAAGGUACCCAAAGAGGUUCAUUAACUUUAGAUUUAAUGUCCUCCCGCUCUAGUAUCACCAAUAAAGCCUGUGGGCUACGGUGGAUUUGCGGGCAGUGGGCAUAUAGACAACUUCCCUCUAAUUGGACUGGGACUUGUUAUUUAGGAGCUUUGAUUCCCGGUGUUUGGAUGACACAGUCUACAGCCGCUGGUAUUAAGACAAUACCUCCCAAUACUUACCGUGCUAAACGCAGCAUUGAUAACUCCUUCGAGAAUAUAGCCAAAGGUGGAAGCCAAAAAUGGGGUGACGAUGAAUGGCCAGCAGAAAGGAUUAUUAAGUACUAUGGUCCCGCAACUUGGGAACCGAACGUAGUUGGUAGAGAGCCCACGUACUUAACCAACCUCAUCGUAAGACUCCAAGCCGUAGUAGAGAUAGUUACCAACAAAACAGCCGCAGCCCUACGCCUGAUCGGCGAUCAGCUCACUCAGCUAUGCACUACGGUACUACAAAACAGGUUAGCUCUUGACUAUAUACUGGCCAGUGAAGGACGAGUGUGCAAGAAGUUAAAUUUGUCCGAUUGCUGUGUCGAAAUUGAUGAUAAUGGGGAAUUAAUAAAAGCCUUGGCAGAUGACAUGGAAAAGGUAGCACACGUUCCGGUCCAAAAAUGGAAUGGGUGGAGAUUUGAUUGGUUUUUAAACUGGUUUCCCCAGCUUGGAUGGUUAAAGGGGGGUAUAAUGGCUUUCUGUCUACUAAUAUCGGGGCUCUGUCUGCUUCCCUGUAUAUUACCCUGCAUGAUGUCCAUUGUAAAACAAACUGCUCGGUCGGUCGCUAAUCAUGAAAUGCUUAUAUGUUAUCAGACGCUAGCCCUCACUGAGGAUUCUUAAAAUUUAUAGAGCUAGAAAGCAUCUUUGAGGGGGGAGUUGUAGUACAAAUAUGCUAGAUUUUAUGCUUAACUUUAGACCUAAUGCUCUAUUUUGGCAAAUGUGCUUCUGUAUCCAGUAUGGCUUGCAAGUAGAUUCUGCAUAUAAGUUAAGGCCUGCUUAACUUUUAGAACUAGCACAGUGACCUAGAGUUACAUGAAGACAGGGGGCUACUAAAGGGCACCAAGUUUACCGCAGUACCCCUGUGCAAAACACGCAGGUGCAACAUAUCCCAUAAUAAGUUGAGCAUAGCUACCUUUGAACUUUGACAUCCUGUGGAAACUUAGAUAUGAUCAUGGAAACUGUGAUGUCUUGAAUAGAAGCUUGUAGAAAGUGUAAAACAGCCAAUAAAUGCAUAGGUCACAGCAUGCCACGGUUUUUUGUUUAGGUAAGCUAUAAAAGACCCCCGGACCGUACCCCGGGGUCGACUCUGCUUUGGGUUACUUAACCCCUUUGUCGAUCGAUUGCGCAAUCAAUAAACUUAUAACGGACCUAG